UUCCAGGUAAUGAAUAACGAGGAAACAGAAGUCAAACCAUGGAUUGUUAGAAUAAUAUUAAUUGUUGGUGGUUUGUUUGGAGCACAUCGAUUAUAUCUGAAACAAGUUCCUGAAGCUUUUGUUUUCUUCUCAACUCUUGGAGUUUUAUUAAUCGGAUGGUUAUAUGAUAGUUUUAUGUUCAAAUAUGAGGUCAAUGAGUACAAUCAAUUAAUAAACCAAUCGGAAAACAAUAAGGAAAAGGAAAAGUGGAAAAAUGGUAAAAUGCAAGCUUCUCAAUCGAAAUUUGUUGAUUUCUCGUUUACUCGUUUUCUCUAUUCUGUUCUCUAUGGAUCAUACAUUGGUCUUGCCACGUGGCUUGCAUGUACCGUAACCUUCGGAUGGACGGAUAUCAAUCUUAUUCCAUUCAUUUGUGUUGUUGCAUUAGGUAUUACUGCAGGUAUCUACAUAAUUGGUCAAUGUGGCGGACAAAGCCGUGAGCUGAGUUAUAUCUGGAUGGCCAGUUUCUCAUCAAUGUUCAUUAUGGUUCGACUAGCCCAAACGACCGUAUUUCGUGCCAUUUUUCUCACUGCCAUCGUCUCAACAGUCAUCGGAAAUCGUAGUGCUCGUUUAAAAAAGCGACGUCACACGUGGAAACAUUUCCUGUUCUGGUCAUCAUUAUUCCUGAUGCUCGUUUGUGUAAUCCUACUGGGAUGCUCGAGAAAAGUUGCAGAUAAGCAGGUAACUGCCACUCGUCCUGGUACAUUCCGAGAAACUAUAUCUGUUGGAAGUCUGAUUAGAGAUCGUAUUUUUGAUGCGAAAAAAGUUCACAGUUUUUUCGAAGGAAAUCCAAUAAUUGAAUAUCAUUCAAAAUCGGAUAUCAAAAACAAAAAUGGAGAAAAAACACUAAAAAAUAGUUCAUUUUGGUACCAAGUAUGGAGUGGAGAGCUUUUCGAUGAACUCACUGGAGCAGCACAUCUCACGAAAAUUGAUUGGAUUGAAUUAACAACUACAUUCAUCGUAGAUGUACUACGGUCUGAAGCUCGUGUUAUUGAUGGAUCUUCAACUAUUGAACCAUUUAAAUGGGCACUUUGGCGUAAUUAUCUUAUUCAUCGUUUCUCACUGGAUCCAUUGAUUUCUGAUGAUCGCCUCCGCACUGAAUGCAAAAAAUGGCAAACGGAAGAAAAAUCUAAAAAAGGAAAUGUGGAUCGAGACUAUAAUAUUUUGGCAGCCAAACAGGGAUGUUCUACUUUCCUACUGUAGUUGUUCUAUUAAUUCUUAAACUAUUUUGCGAUCUCCGUCUCAUCCGGUAUAUUACUUGUUUGUCUAAUAAAAAUAUAAUGUGU